UGUUGUGUGCAUAGAAUGCUCUCGCUAUUGGUAUGUAAAUGGUUGGAAUUUGACAGGGCUGUCGAGUGUAGGGGCUGACUGAAGGAGGCUGUUACGGUAGGCGCCUCGCCGCUCUCUCGUUCACUGGUUGUACCAGAACCUUGGCGACUGAUUGUACCAGAACCGGAGCGAGGCAUGUAUCCGGCUCGUCGGUGUUCGGUCCUUCACCGAGACUUGGCAGCAUUUUGUCUUGCCUCCCUGGGGCCGGCAGCUAAGAAAGAGCCAGCUCCGAGGAGAUUCUCCCUUCCGGCUUCACGGUACUGUCACACCGGAGGAGGAGACGGCAGAAGCGGCAAGCCACAGGUGAAAUCACGCGGCUCAUCGUCCGCGUCGGUGAGCUCUGGACCAGUGUGUCCGAUGGGCAGCAGCAGGCUGUUUGGUACCCUGGCCCAGACCCUGAGCAGUGCUCCCCUGGUCCAGCAGGACUACUACCCAGAGCACCAGGACCCAGACCAGGACCCAGAGGGCCUGGAGCAGGCCAACCCAGACCAGCUGCUCAGAGAGUGUGAGGAAGCCCUCCAGAACCGGCCGGCCCGGCCACACAGGGACCUGGUCUACAUUGCAGACCCAACACACCAGCACCAAUACAGGAACCAUGAGCAGCAGAACACACCACCAAUACGGGUCAUGACGUGGAACAUCCUAGCUCAAGCUCUAGGGGAGGGUAAAGACGUCUUUGUGCGCUGUCCUCAGGAGGCUCUGAUCUGGGCUGAGCGGAAGUACCUGAUCCUGGAGCAGAUCCUCACUUACCGCCCUGACAUCCUGUGUCUCCAGGAAGUGGACCACUACUACGACACCUUCCAGCCCAUCCUGGCCAGCCUGGGCUACCACAGCACCUUCCUGUCCAAGCCCUGGUCCCCCUGCCUGGACGUGGCCAGCAACAACGGCCCUGACGGCUGUGCUCUCUUCUACCGCCGCGCCCGCUUCAGCCUCCUCUCUACCUCCCACCUGCGCCUCUCCGCCAUGAUGCUGCCUACCAACCAGGUGGCCAUCGUGCAAACGCUGCGUUGCCAGGAGACGGGCCAGAGGCUGUGCGUGGCCGUGACCCACCUGAAGGCGAGGAGCGGCUGGGAGAGGCUGAGGGGUGCCCAGGGGGCUGACCUGCUGCAGAGCCUGAAGGCUAUCACCUCGGGGCCGGCUGGGUCUGACCCAGUCAGUAGGGGAGCUGGGGGAGGGAAUGGGACAGAGGGGGUGCCUCUGAUAGUGUGUGGGGACUUUAACGCUGAGCCCUCGGAGGACGUAUACAAGCGUUUUAUCUCCUCCCCCCUGGGUCUGGGCUCAGCCUAUAAGCUGCUGAGUGCAGACGGGCAGACAGAGCCAGCCUUCACUACCUGGAAGAUCCGUCCCUCAGGGGAGAGCUGCAGUACCCUGGACUACAUCUGGUACUCUCACGAUGCUUUCACUGUUAACACCCUGCUGGACAUACCCACUGAGGAAGAGAUAGGACCUGACCGCCUGCCCUCGUACCACUACCCCUCCGACCACCUAUCACUGCUCUGUGAUGUCAGCUUCAGGUAGCAACCCCAUAGGCUGAUGUAGGCUGCCAAUCACAGAGGUAUCAGCCAAUAGGGCCACAGUUCAGGACAAUGCAGGAAAAGUGACUGGAUGGGUGUGUGAUACUAGAGAACUAAAUGCUUAUUUCACUUGACCUGGUGGUGAGAUUAGAUUUUAGACUUUCGACACCAGGGAGUAGUUCUUUUUUUAAUAUAUACAAACCAGCACUUGCAGAAACAUACUUUUUUCCCCUGGAGGUAGUUUUCUGGCACAGGUGUGACGUUAUCCCUCUUGAUUAUUUAUCUUAAUGUAAAGGUGAAAACUGAAGAAUAGGAUAAUAUCAAUACUGUGGAGAAUAACGUAACUCUGCUAUUUUCAGUGCUGUGGCAGCUAGAUUGCCAAUGAGCAUGGAAUAAAUAAAAUACAUUCUGACA